UUUCGAUCGGGGUUUCUUUCUGUGUUGGUGGCUGGUCGCUCGUAGCUCGCCAAGGGGACUGUAUUUGGGACAACAGCAGCUCCGUCAAUGCUCUUCCAGAAGUAUUUGCAGUGCAGGCUCAGGCCUCCUACGGUGAUAGGCCAGUUCCACACCUUGUUCUUCGGCUCGGUGCGGAUGUUCUUUCUGGGCGUUCUUGGCUUCGCCGUCUACGGGAAUGAGGCACUGCACUUCAGCUGCGACCCUGAUCGCCGAGAACUCAACCUGUACUGCUACAACCAGUUCAGACCCAUAACACCUCAGGUCUUUUGGGCGUUACAGCUGGUAACAGUGCUCGUUCCUGGGGCGGUGUUCCACCUCUACGCAGCCUGUAAGAACAUUGACCAGGAAGAGAUCCUCGAACGACCCAUCUACACCGUCUUCUACAUCAUUUCUGUUCUUCUACGCAUCAUUCUGGAAGUCGUCGCCUUCUGGCUACAAAGCCACCUCUUUGGCUUCCAGGUCCACCCGCUGUACAUGUGUGAUGCCAGUGCUUUGGAAAAGGCCUUUAAUGUGACUAAGUGCAUGGUGCCUGAACACUUUGAGAAAACCAUCUUCCUCAGUGCCAUGUACACCUUCACUGUGAUCACCAUACUUCUCUGUGUAGCCGAGAUAUUUGAGAUACUCUGCCGACGGCUUGGUUUUCUCAACACCCAAUGACACACUGGCAGAAGCACACAUGAAAUGACUAAGGGUGAAGUAUAUGACACUAUGUCUGCCAGAUUUUAUCAGGCUCUUUGUUAGCUACUGCUGGAUUUUUAUCAAACAGGAAGCUAACAUAAGAGCAAAACCUCACCUGUGGUCCAUCGUGAGUGAGUUGCACCAAGAAAUUUGAGAAUAUGCAACAAUGUCAUAGCUUGACCGUCUGAAAUAUUCUCUAGGUGUUUUUGCCCAUAACUAAAGUGUGAUCACCCCAGGUGGUAUUUCAGAUAUCAGUGGGUCUGAACUGGCUGUGUCCGAGGGUGUUGUGUGGACAUGAUGGCCAGAGAAUAUUCCCCCCCUGACUCUGUUGGGGGAUGAGAUAAAAAGAUUUUGUUAUUUUCCGCAAGAUGACUGAAAGACAGGCGUCAACUUCAUGGUGCUACUAAAACCUGCGACCAUGGUCGAAUUAGAGCACAAGAAAAGCCCAGUUUGUCACAAACCUGGUAGCCCAUAACAGUAUUAGGGUCACUAAAACCCUGUUCUUAGAGUUGUACCCAGGUGUACCUGUGGUCUGAUACUCUUACAUAAGUAACACCCUGGAAGCAUUAGCUGCACACAUUUAGCGUUAAUGGUGUCAAACCAACUUGAUGCAUCUUCUCUGGGCUUUGUUCACUUAUGGAGGGCCAACAUAGGACCUACACAGCUCUAGGUCGGGAGAUUUCUAACGUUUCAAAAAGCUUUUAUCGAAAGGCAUAAGUUCUUCAUGUAAUGUAAUAACAGCCAACAAUGCAAAUCAUUUAGCUCGUCACAUCAUUCUGUAUAGAAGUGCAAAUAAACACUAUAGUCUAGCUUGUCUUCCACGUGCUGAUCAAAUGUGACAGGCAGACUAUAGAGCUGGCGAUGGAUUAUCGCUCACUUCAUUUUUAAGAAACUGUGAUCCAGCAACCUUACCCAUGGGCGAGGGAAUUGCAGGUGCCAUUGCUCCUGACACUUCCAAGUGUGACAGUUAUCGCCUCCAAUAUGUCUAUCGCUAUUGCUUCUAGCCUGUUCUGACCUAUACUGUCAUCAACAGGAGCACCGCAACUUUGUUGUGGACAUUUGAUGGGGUUGUCAGCCUUGUCAAAUAUCUGUUUCAGCUUGGCCUUAUUUAAACAACCUGACUUGUCUUGACUUGAAGGCUGUCCCAAACAGGCCACCAAUCUCAUGCGCCAGAAAGGCUGAAACAAAUAGCACAGUUUACUUCCAUGAGAUGUAAAGGCAUCUUUGAACAACAAUGUAUUUUGACAGUAAUGCCAUCACUAAAAAUGAUUGAAAUGUAGUGUUUUAGUUUUUGAGGGUAAAUAUCUCCCUAAAGAUACAAAAUGAAGAUAAAAUGGGUUGAUUUCAUAAUCUCAAAGUCUGAAGGAGCUACACCAAAGUAUUAUUUAGAUUUGGGUAUAAAAAUGUGUUGGAAUGAAAAUAUUACUUAAGUUGCAAUGUUUUUUAAGUAUCUGAAAAAAUCAUCCACUGCCUGUAAGACGAAACGCUGCGCAAUCGUGCAAACAAAUUUAAUGUCCCAACAUCCAUGGUGAGACUAGUGUUAAAAAUAUCACUGUGUAGUGUAGUUUCUAACAGACAUGGACAAAAUCAGCAUAGAAAUUUGAAGUUUUUAGAGUUUCAAGGCCCUAUUGGUCUCAUAUAGGAUGAAAUUAUUAUUAUUUUAUGGCUGAGAAGUGAAACAAAGUGCUUAUUCAGUCCAGAUAUAUUUGAAGCUGUAGUUGAGCUUUUGUCCAUGUCAGAUCUCAACCAUCUCUACCCCACACUCUAUUUAUACCACCCUUCCCUAGCUUGUAGUAUUACAUAUAAUACUUAUUGUAAUUUUGCCUUCAGUGUCACUGUCGAUGUGUUUUGAAAAUGAUUACCUCUCAUGUUUUGUAAUGUUGUUUUUUUUAUCAGACAUCCAUCCAACUUUUGUUAUGAAGUUUUCCGCAAUCUGUUUAUCAUCUCAGGUACAAAAUUGCAUUACCAGACAAAAGUGGAUCAAACCCUCAUUUCAAAUCCUUUUAAACCCUUAGAAAAGCUUUUCCAGCACUGAGAGGCGUCUCCAGUUGAUCCCAACCUACAGGUCUAAAGGCCUGGUUGGUCUGAUAGGGUUUAGGAGGAUUUAAAACAGGUAUGUGACUCCUGUGGUUUGGGUUCGUCUGCGUUCUGGGAUCUGUUAAUGGAGGAUGGUUUUAAAUUUUGCCUCUGAAAGUUCUGUCACCAAGGCUUAAACCCUGUUUACAAGUAUUGCAUCUGAACUGUUCAGUUGAAGCAGGAAAUUGUGGCAUGUAAAAAAAACUUAUGCUAUUUGGUGUAAAUAUAGUCUGGAUCCAAGAUCCUCACACUACUGAUCAGUUCAGGAUUGUCAUCUUCCAGAACCAAAACAUUUCAGUUAAAAAAAUUCACUCCGUAAAGAUUUUUGAAACACAAACGCACUGGAUUUAGACAAUUUACAUUGCGUUCAACUUUGAUGAGCAUUCAUUUGCACAAUUGACUGUUAGCAAACAAUCUUGUCAGGCUUACCUUUGAAAGAAAGUUAGCAACCAAGCUAGGUAGCAUACUAACUUACAGCUAGUAAAGCUAACUAGGAUGGAGAGCUGCUAUACUGACUAGCAGCUGUGCCACUUUCUGGUGUGACCAAGUUAUUCACUAACUAUUAGACCAAAAGCAAACCAUUUAAAAUACAUAAUUAACCAUCAUAAGGCAAUAUUUUGCUCAGGUUGCCAAAGCUUCAGGUUUUAUUUUUUGGCUUGUAAUAAAAAUGUAUUCCACAUGCUAUACGGGCAAGUCUUGGUAAAGAACUUUGUACAUGAAGCUGUGAUUAACUGUCUCAGAAUGAUCGACUUACAGUUAGUACCUUGGAAAGCAGUUUGAGUCAUUGAUUCUGGUGAAUAACUGUAGAGAUUGAAGUUUUUAAUUUUGGUCUUUUGCAGAAAAUAAAGAUACACCCCUGUUUUUUUAAAUAGUGCCACCAAAUCCUGAUCUGUCUCCUGAACUUGACUGUAAACUGUACUGUACUGAGUUGUAAAAUAUCAACCUUUCACUGGGAGGUACAUUGGAACUAUUCACAGGAAGUGUAUCUUUAAUAUGUGUUGAUGCUUCUUUUGACCCCCAAAAUCAGUGUCAUUUGUGGAAAUGAAUCAACUAUAAUGCAUCAUACAGGACACCACACUGACAAUUCAUCUUUAAAUUUUUAUCUUUGAAUUUUAACUGAUGUUGUUACAUGUUAGUUGUAAAAAUAGAGCUAAGACUCGUUUUAUUUUUCAUCAACUUCUGUCUGUCUCUCAUGUUGUCCUUCAACUCGCAGCUAUGUCAAAGAAAAAGAGGCACACUUUAUGACCAACGCAUACAUAUUGAAAGAAAACUCGGUCUUUCAGAGUGAUAUUGUUUAGGUGACCAGUUACUCUCCUAUUUGUUUUGUCUUGAGAUGAUUGAUUAAAAUGUCCUACAAUUGUC